AUGUUUAACGGAAUCACCAGUCAAGUAAGCAGUUGGAUUGGUAAAAAACAAGAGGAUGCCGAAGAGACGGUGCCUUCCCCGAAAACUGAACUGCCCGAAGAUGUCGAAAAAAAGCCCGAAAGUCCUACAAAACCGACUAGUAAGUUAGAGAUGCUGGGUAAUGUGAAAAACCAAAUGUCAAGCUGGAUAGGGAGUGGUAUAUCCGGACUCCGUAAGAGUGACAGUGAAGUUGUUCCUGAUCCUCCGGCCGAACUUUUACAAGAAACUACAGAAGAUGCUAAAGAAAAAGAAGAUGAUAAUUCAAGUGCAACUGGAGAUCCCGAUACUCCCGUCUCGGAAACUGAAGACGAUUUGGGAAACCCUCAAGGAAAUGUGUCUACUAAAGCUCUUCAAGGCGCAAAGUCAAUUGGGAGCUUUUUGUACAGUGCGGUAAAUAAAGCAGGUAAAACUGUAAGUGAAGCAGGGGCAAAAAUUAAGAAAACUGUUGGAGAAAAUGGAAUACUUGGAGAGUUGAACAAAGAGCAAGAGACAUUUUUAAAAGAUAAAAAGGGUAAUGGUGUAGCAGCAGUUCCACCCUGGGUUGGUCUUCCAAACGAAGAGGCAGUUAAGGCUGAAUGUUUGUCAUUGUCUACGGAUAGACGUAAUUUUGUACGCAGUCCCCCAGUUGGAGUAGAUUUCAAUUUUGACUACGCAACAUCCUAUCCAGUGGCUUUGUCUAUUCUAUCUGAAGAUCCAAAUUUAGAAAAAAUGCGAUUUGAUCUAGUUCCAAAAAUUAUAAACGAGGAAAGUUUCUGGCAAAACUAUUUCUACAGAGUUAAUUUAAUAUGCAGUGCAAACAAUCUGGAGUCGUUAGAAACAAAAGAUUAUGAUAUAACAUCUAAUACUACAUCAGAUUUGACAGACACCGGUGACAAUGAUACUUGCAAUUAUGUAAAAGAAUCAGAGUUUGUAUCAGAUACGUUUGCUGAGCAUGAUUCAAACGAAAUAAAUGAAAUAAGAGAAAGUUUGAAGAAAAGUUUGGGAGUUAACUCUUCAGAAAACGAAGAACAUUGGGAACAUGAGUUGGAGGCUGAACUGCAAGAAUACGAGAUUGUAAAAGACAACGAGGAUGGCCAAACAAAUAACAUUAAAACCGGAUCCAAUGAUGUAUAUGACCUCAAUUAAAUUUUGCUAUUCCAAAGAAGCUACGAUAAAUUAAAUGGAAUUUCCUAUUCAUAAUCAAAUUAUGUAAGUCAAGUUUUUUCAAAAGGAUACGUCCAAAAUAACACAUAUGUCUGUAAACACGCUGUUAAGGAAAAUAUUAAUAAAGUUUCACAAUUUACAAUUUCACAAAUAAUUUAUAUAGUAUCAAAAACACAAAUUAAUUAGUUAAAAAAGGAUACAAAAAGUCCACUUAGAAAACCUCCUGUUAAAAGGCUAUGUCUGGUAAGAAAAUAUUUCUGCCAAAAAUUACCAGCUUUGUAUAACAACAGACCCUGAAAUAAAAAAAAGUAGCAAUUAUAAAAUGUUAACAACUUACAGUUUUUUUAUGCUGUGUAAUUCUAAAACAAACAGUCAAUUAGUCAUUUAAAAUAUUUGUUUUAUUACUAUUAAAAAUGUGUUAAAAUU